AUGCGCACCACACAGCUUCCGUCAGAGCCUCUGUCUGUACAUGUGUCUGAGUCUGAGCUCAACUCUGGCCGGCUAAAUGACCAGAACCUGGAAAUUGCAACACGCGCACUCCAUCGAGAUGGACUUGUUGUCUUGGAAAACAUGGUUGACCAUGCCAAGCUAGACAAGCUGAACGAGAAAAUGGUAAAAGACGCCUACGAGCUGCAAUCAAGAGGGGAGGACAGCCCAUAUAAUUAUAACCGUGGGAACAUUCAACAAGAUCCUCCCCUUACCGCCUCGUGCUGGGAGCCAUCGAUCUUCGUACACCCAAUUGUCACGCAGGUAACCUCUACAACUCUUGGACCAUUUCCCAGAUUGAGCUUCGUAUCCGGCAACACGGCGCUGCCUCCAACGGAGUCCUCACCGCCAGCCGCUCAGCCCACACAUACCGACGCAGACUUCGACCAUCCUCACUUGCCGUUUGCGCUGGUCGUGAACGUACCGCUAGUGGGCAUGACCCCCGAGAAUGGCUCGACCGAGGUCUGGCUCGGUACUCAUCUAAACACCACUCUCGAGGAUCAGGAAGGUAAGCACGGCGACCGAGCCAGUGGACGGAUCAAGCGGGAGCUACUUGAUCAGAGGAGAGCCGAGCGAGGGCCGUGUCAGCCAGUCGUCAAGAAAGGGAGUAUCAUAGUUCGGGAUCUGAGGCUGUGGCACGGCGGAAUGCCAAAUAUGAGUCGGGACCCCAGGGUGAUGCUCGCCUUUAUCCAUUUCGCGCCCUGGUACCGGAAUCCGAUGGAAGUUGAAUUUGCGGAAAAACUGAAGCCAGAGCUCACUGCGGAAAAAACAGGCUUACGAGUUCAGGCGAAGUUCGUGCCAGACGAGGAGAUCGAGAGCGGGUAUCUGAAUCGGCCUUAUGGGAACACGUAUUUCUUCGACCAGGAACAGCGGCUGGAGGGGAUAUUCUAA